AUGGCCUCCCUAAACCCCAACUACCCCAUCCCCCCAGGCCUCCACCCCAUCCCCCCUUCCCAACUCGACCUCCGCCCCGACGCCGAAGUCGACCAAACCCUUCUCAACCCACCUCCCAUCUCCCCGCACUCAGAAAAAAACAUCUGGUUCUUCUGGCACGCCGGCUACCCUUCCAUGCACCCCUAUACCCAGCGCAACAUCCGCGCCUGGCACCGCCGCUUCUCGCCCGCGGGCUGGGUGAUCCGCGUCCUCGACCGCGCCCCCUCUUCGCCGCUCAACAUCGCCAACUUCCUCGACGUCGCCGACCCGCUCACCUUCCCCGCCGCCUUCUGCGACGGCACCAUCGGCGGCGCGUACGCACCCCAGCACACGUCCGACCUCGUGCGCUGGCCGCUGCUGCUGCGGUACGGCGGCGUGUACGCCGACGUCGGGCUGCUGCACAUCGGCGACCUGGACCGGUUAUGGCGUACCACGAUCGGGGACCCGGCGUCGCGGUUCGAGGUGCUGUCGUACGACGGCGGAGGCAGCGUGGGGCGCGGGCUGGCGAACUACUUCCUGGCGAGCAGCCGGGGGAACGCGCUGUUUGCGCGGUGCCAUGCGCUGCUGCUGAAGCUGUGGGAGGGGCGGACGAGCACGGAGGGGUUGCAUGCGAGUCCGCUGCUGAAGGGGGUGCCGCAUCUGGGAGGGCAUUUUAGUAUUGAGGAGGAGGGGAAGCCGACGAUUGGGCCGGCGGAGGCGGGGCGCAUGUUGACGGAUUAUAUCAUCCAGGGGCAGGUCAUGACGAUGGUGAUGGGUCUGGUGGAUGAGGAGGGGGGGUGGGAUGGGCCGCGGUAUGUGGAGGAGCAUGUGUUUGGGAUUGAGUUUAUGGUGGGUGCGCAGUUGAUUAAUGAGCUUACGGCGUGGGAUGGACAGUUGGCGUUUAGGUUGAUGUCGCUGAAGUUGCCGAAGGAGGGGGAGGCGGAGAGUGAGGAGCAGAAGAGGGCGAGGGAGAUUGUGGAGACCAUUUUGAGUAAGAGUUUUGGGUUUAAGUUGGCGCAUGGGAUGAUUUUGAAGGCGUAUAAGUAUACGUUGGGGUCAUUGUGGAGGGAGAAUGAGGGGAGUGAUGAUGUGCCAGGAACGUAUGCGCAUUGGUUGAGGUACGCGAUGGUGUAUUGGAAUCAGGAUGAGAUUCCGCCAACGGUGGAGUAUAAGAGAAAUGAGCCAUAUAAGGUUGGUCCGUUGUUGAGGGAGGUAUAGAUGGGGAGUAGAGUUUGUUGUUCCUUCGAAUAUGUCAUAUUCAAGCCUUCCUGACCAAUUAGACUCGUGUCACACGUUCAAU